AUGGACCCCGCCCAUAAUUCACCUAACAUCACACCUGACAAAGACAGCGGCGCAUCCAGCCCUCGACCAGGUCAAACCGCCAAUUUUGCCAGCGGUCUGAAAUCAGCCCUUAGACAACAGCAAAAAGUCAAUUUCACGCUCGGUGACACAUCUCCUUCGAGGCCCGCGAGGCCUGCAGAUCAUGAGGCACCCCUUAGUCCGCCUGUGCCAACGUUGAGGGUACCCGAAUCUGAAGACAUUGGCGAGGCUACUCUUGACAACCCUGAAUGGAAUGAACGGACCAACGCGGCAGCCGAAAAGGCAAGGAGCGCUGCACAUCGGCUGUAUACAGAUCUGUCGCGGAACAACUCCCUCGAGGAUUUGAGUGAUAGCACCGCGAGGCAACAUCGGCGACAUACCUCUGACCCACCGGCCACGGACCUGGAAAACCAGCCACGUCCGCACUCUUCACCGCCGCUACGUCCACUCGAUACGCAUCCCAUCAGGUUCGACGACAUUCCCCUAGUGUCUCAUGAGAAGCCCGAAAGGCCAUAUGACAUCAACGAGGACACGGACGAAGAGACGGAUACCGAUCAUCUCAAGCCACUCGAACGUCAGCAGAAUGUUGAACAUCUGCAAGAGGCAAAAAGACUGGUAAGGUCAUUCACCGGAAAGCCGAAUCGCCGAAACAGUGGGACAGAAUCCGGCACCAGAACGCCUGCCGCUGACAAACGGCUUCACGACUUGGAUUACGUUCCUCGUCCAGACCACUACAAGCCUGGUAUUCUUGGAGCAAUUCUCGCAUCUCGACUCAGUGAGCUUGAGAAGAACGGCAACCCACCAAAGGAUUUUUAUAAAAGUCAAGCGCCUCAGGUGGAUGGCUGGUUGUCGCCUGGCGGGAGACAUACACCCAAGAGCUCGAAACGCCCGCCCAUCCACGAGCGAGCCCAGUCUUACGAUGGCUCUUCAGCAGGAUCUUCAGGACGAACAACGCCUUCUAAGAAAACUAGGUGGUACGACAAGAGUCCCAGUCAGACAAAUGGUAUGGGAACCUUGUUGGCCCAAGCCUCGUUGAGUACUGCAGCACCAGGCGCUCCUGGCACCCCAGGCGCUGCACCCCGUCCUUCCUUUCAACGGAGCAAGUCGGCAGAUCUCAUAUCGUCCGCUGUCGACAUUAUCAAGAAGGGAGCCUUCCCACGCACCAAACCCGCAUACGCCGACUCGGAAGCCGACACCAUCGUUGAGGUCGCUGACAUAAUCGCUCGGCGUGAGUACCUCAAGAAGCUCUGCCGUGCUUUCAUGCGCUAUGGUGCACCAACGCACAGGAUCGAGGAAUAUCUCCGUGUCUCUAGCCGAGCACUGUAUAUCGAUGCGACAUUCAUGUACAUGCCUGGCGCGGUGCUGAUGACUUUUCCGGACACUUAUACUUCACAUGUCGAGCUGAUUCGGGAACCAGCAUCCGGUAUAGACUUUGGCAGGCUCAAAGAUGCAUUCGAUGUGUAUAAGUGUGUCAUUCACGAUAAGUAUGGCGCCGAGGAAGCCGCACAGCUCCUGGACGAUAUCUCGAAGCGCGACAACCGGUACACGACUUUAUUCCGGGUUCUGGUUUUCGGCAUUGCGGCAAUCUGUGUUGGUCCUUUUGCAUUCAGUGCCCGCCCUAUCGAUAUGAUUCCAAUCUUCUUCAUGGGUUCAGCACUUGGAGUCUUCCAACUCGUGGUCAACCCGCGAUCGGAGCAGUUUUCCCAUGUAUUCGAAGUGGCCACUGCGUUCUUUACAGCUUUCAUCGCAAGAGGACUGGGGUCCAUCAGGUCGCAUGGGGAAUAUCUCUUCUGCUUCUCGGCCAUGUCACAGAGUAGCAUUGCGUUGAUCCUUCCGGGCUACAUCGUCCUCAACGCCGCCCUCGAGCUGCAGAGUCGUAAUAUGGUCUCCGGCUCGGUGCGAAUGGUCUAUGCCAUCAUUUACACGUUAUUCCUCGGGUUCGGCCUCUUGCUAGGAACAGUAGUAUACGGGCUCAUUGAUUCCAACGCCACCGACGAUGUGAUUUGCAGCGUGCCCAAAUACUGGACGCCCGGCCUGAAUUUCUGGAAAUUGAUUUAUACCCGGUUCAUCUGGGUUCCACUGUUCGCCUGCUGCCUGGCAAUCAUCAACCAGGCCAAAUGGCGCCAGCUGCCGGUAAUGGCCUUGAUCGCUGUUCUCGGCUAUCAGGCCAAUUUCUGGAUCUCAGUCAGGCUCGCAAGCAACCUGCAAGUCGCCAAUGCUAUUGAUGCCUUUGUCAUCGGAACGGCAGCCAAUCUAUAUUCUAGGUGGUUUCAUGGGGUGGCUGCCGCAGCUAUGCUCCCAGCCAUUUUCGUACUGGUUCCUAGUGGGCUGGCGGCGUCUGGAAGUCUGGUGGCAGGAGUCGAUUCUUCCAAACAGCUCGCCAGCAACUCGACGACGGUCUCAAUCAUCAACAAUGGUACUGCCGGCUUCGUCACCGCACAGGAAAAUCCGAGCAGCGUGUACAAUGGUACGAUUUUCAAUGUUGGAUAUGGCAUGGUACAGGUCGCGAUAGGCAUCAGUGUUGGGCUUUAUUUGAGCGCAUUGAUCGUAUAUCCUUAUGGCAAGAGAAAGAGUGGAUUGUUCAGUUUCUGA